AUGAUUGGUUAUAUCAUAUAUUCAUUGAUAUUAUGUGGUUUUUCAAUUGAAUUAAAAGAAAUUCUUGGAACUGAUAAUUAUUUGUUGAUUGGGUAUCGUGACUGUGAAGUGACAAUUGAAACAAGUCUUGAACCCAUGUUAUGUCCAUACCAUUUUUCCGGAAGUAAUGCUUGUUCUAGUAGUAAAGCCUGUUAUUUAACCUCUGCUGUUCCAUUUUUAUGGACUCCAGGUCAUAAUGAAAUUGACAAGGAACAGGCGCCUAGAUUUUUUUUAGUCUAUAUUGAACAAAGAAAUUUAGCCGCUAAAUAUGUUUCUUUGACUGUUCCUAAAUUUCAGAAUGGUAGUACAAGAGCUUUGAAAAGAAUUUUUAUGGGUGGUGCUAAACAUACUGAAAAUCAAGAUAUUCAAAUGGCCAAAAUUUCUAACAACAGAGAUAUUUUCAGUUUUAUUUUUAAAAUAAAGGACAUUAUUUUUGAUAAUAAAAAUUUUGAUUUGUAUAUAAUUGGUCAAGAUGGAGAUCAUACAAAUUAUAAAAUUUUUCACUAUAAAGUUAUGGCUCCAAGAAAAAGUGAGGAACGUUUUGAAUUUGCUUAUCAAGGAACUAUAAAAUUACCUGAAAAGGCAAAAUAUUUGAUUGGUGCUUCUUAUGACACAUAUACUGAUAAAUUUUAUUUUCAUAUUAAAGGACGAAUGAAUAGUGAAAUUUAUUACUUUGAUUCUGCAGUUUUUCGAAGAAAUGUUGAAGAUUCUUCUUUAUGGAAAUUGGAAACAAAGAUAAUUUCUGUUCUCAAUGCUAGUGUUUUUGCUAAUGGUAUAUUAUAUGUCAAUGAUAAUAUAAAUCCUGGUAGCUAUAGACAUUUCAUUGGACCUUUAAGUAGAAAUAAAACUGCAAUUAUGUGUCGGUCCUCAUCAGAAAUAACUAAUGAAAAAUUGUUUAUUGUUAAAGACUAUGAUUAUUGUAGAAUUUAUAGUAAUAAGAAUUAUUCAAAAGAAACAUGUGACUAUUUAAUAUCACAGGGUAAAAUAUCUACCGGUGAUUUUGGUUACGAUAACAAAGGCAGUUGGGGUAGAUUAUUAACAUGGAUAAUUAUAAUCAGUGUUUUAUUAAAUUUAAUAUUUAUUAUAAUAAUAAUUCUACGUAGUAUAGGAAUGAAGAAAAAUGAACCAUUAUCUCAAAAGAUCAAGGUGGAUAAGAGCGGAAAGAUCGAGUAUUAUCCAACUCAUCUUUCUGAUCAAUCAGGAUUUUCGUUCUAA